CACUGGGGUUGGUGGUGGGAACCGGUCUACAAAAGAGAGCUGGUGGCAGGAGUGGCGGACACCAACAGACAAGAGGACGUGGUCAUCUUUAGACGUAUCGGACAACACUAGCUGCAUACUGUCCCAAGGCCGAGGGAGGUCCUCUGCACCCUCCGUGAAGGAGCUGUCAGCUCUCUAUCUCUCCCAGGCAGCUGCUGCUGCUGCUCCCGCUGGUGGCCCGCCGCGGCCCCGUACUGUAAAGGACAGCUCCAUUCACUCUCCUGACAGCCAAAAAACAGGCAAGAUGGCAGAGGUUCAGAAAUCAUCUGAAGUUGCCAUCAAGAAAGUGGAAGAGGACUUAUCUCCUGCUCCUGCCCUUGGCUUGGUCCAAGUCAGCACUCUUACUGCGGGGAGCCAGGAUCCCAGCCUACUCCCCAUGCCUCCUCCAAAGCAAUCCUUUUCCAAGUUCUACCAGCAGCGCCAAGUGAAUGAGCUAAGGAGGCUGUACAGACAUAUGCAUCCUGAGCUCAGGAAGAACUUAGAAGAAGCUGUGACUGAGGACCUGGCAGAAAUGCUUAAUACUGAAGAUCCCAAUGCACAGGCCUCUGUGAAUCUGGACAAAGUCCUGCCAGGAGAGGUUCAGUCCAUGCGAUGGAUCUUUGAGAAUUGGGCACUUGACUCUAUUGGGGACCAUCAAGCCACAAAGAAGCUGGCAGAAGAAGAAGUCAUUCCUGGUGGGGAUGUGAAAAGUACUUCCCUGAGGUUUGAAAGUCAGUCAGUCAAUGAGGACAGGCUGUCAACACCAGUCAAGGUAUCAGAAAGAGACCAUGCCAAAGGGGAUGUGCAUACUGCCAGGUGGCUGUUUGAAACCCAGCCACUAGACUCCUUAAACAAACUGUAUUCAGAUGAAACGGAAGUGCAGGAGGCAGUUCUCAAGGAGCCUGUCCAGGGAGGUGAUGUGAAAGGUGCCAGACAGCUCUUUGAAGCCCAGUCCUUGGAUGCUAUAGGACGCUGCUGCUCAGUGGAGGAGAAGAGCAUCUUGCAACUCAAGUCAGAAAUCCAGGAGCUAAAAGGUGACGUCAAGAAGACUAUCAAGCUUUUCCAAACAGAGCCACUCUGUGCCAUCAGAGACAAAACUGGGAAUAUCCAUGAGAUCAAAUCUGUUUGCCGAGAAGAGAUACAGAGCAAUGCAGUCAGGACUGCUCGCUGGCUGUUUGAGACUCAGCCACUGGAUACCAUCAACAAGGACACUUCCAAAGUGCAAAUAAUCCGUGGGAUUUCACUGGAAGAAGUAGGAAGGCCAGAUGUCAGUGGAGCAAGGUGGAUAUUUGAAACUCAGCCUCUGGAUGCCAUUAGAGAAAUUACAGUAGAAGAACAGGAUUUCAAGCCUUCAAUGGAUUUUACCACAGGGGCAGAUGUCAGUAAGCAGCGAAUGCUGUUUGAGACCCAGGCUCUUGAUUCUCUGAAAGGAGAGGCUUCAGAGAGUGUCACAGCCAAAGAACAAGUCAUUGGAGGUGACGUGAAAUCUACACUCUGGCUAUUUGAGACCCAGCCAAUGGAAACUCUGAAAGAUAAUUUUGAGGUGGGACAUUUAAAGAAGGUAGAGCUUUCAGCAGAGGAGAAGGGAGAUGUGAAGCAAAGAAAACACGUCUUUGAAACUCGUCCACUCAGCAGCAUCUCUACAGCAUCCGAGAAAGAAAUUUCAGCUGCCAGUGCAGAAGAGGUGGUGAAAGGGGAUGUGAAGUCUUUCAAGACCCUGUUUGAGACUCUACCAUUAGAUAGCAUUAAGCAGGCUGAUGCUGAGCCCAUCAUCAAAGAAAAGGAGCAGAUUCCUGCUGGGAACGUCAAAGCCAACCAAAUUCUGUUUGAGACAACACCUCUGUAUGCCAUCAAAGACAGCUUUGGUAAUUUCCAUGAAGUCACCUCUGUAAGCAGAGAGCAAGUCAUCAGUGGUGAUGUCAAGAGCUACAAGUGGAUGUUUGAAACCAGACCACUGGACCAAUUUGAUGAAAGCACCAAGAAAGUGGACGUAAUACGUGGGAUCACAAAACAGGAGGUGCUAGCUGGUGAUGUCAGAACAGCCAAAUGGCUCUUUGAAACUCAGCCUAUGGAUGUCAUUCACCACCAAGGCAUGCAAGGUGAGGACCACCCCUUGGUGAAGCGAGAGGUCUCACAGAGGGGAGAUGUGAAGACUUGCAGGUGGCUUUUUGAGACCCAGCCCAUGAACACCCUGUAUGAGAAGGCUGAAAAGAAGCAGGAAGAGGAUGACUAUGUACCCCAAGCUGAUGUGAAGUCAUACACAUGGAUGUUUGAGACCCAGCCCCUGGACUCUCUGAAGGGCCAGGAGGAGCAGUAUUUGCAAGUCAGCAAAGCAUACAGUCAGGAUGACUUAGAAGGAGUUGAUGUCAAAACUGUCAGGCAUCUGUUUGAGACCGAACCAUUGGGUAGCAGUGUUACCAGUAAAACUGACCUCAAGGAAACUGUGCGGUACUGCAGCCGUGUGGAGAUACCAUCUGGGGAAGUGUCCAGAGUAAAGGAGUUCUUUGAAGCUAAGCCCUUGGAUACAGCAACUAAACCAACAGUGGUCAUGAAGGACGAUGGGAAAAUUGAAGCUGGAUCUGUGCACAAGUUUACCUGGCUUUUUGAGAACUGCCCCAUGGACUCCCUGAAGGACAGUUCUGAGGGCAUCCAGGAAAUCCCUCCGGAGAAGGAUAUCAAGGGGGGAGAUGUUGGAGGCAAAAGGUUCAUAUUUGAGACUUACUCUCUUGACCAAAUCCAUGAUAAGGUGGAUGAGACAGAGAUCCAGAAGAUCCAGAAAGACACCAUGAAUAAAGCCAAUGUCAAGUCCUGCACAAUGUUCUUUGAAAGCCAGCCCUUAUAUGCUAUCCAGGAUAAAGAGGGAGAAUACCAUGAAGUUACCUCAGUGCAGAAAGAAGAAAUAAUGAAAGGUGACGUGAAAGGUGCCCGGUGGUUGUUUGAAACUAAGCCCCUGGACCAGAUCAGGAAGGAAGAAGAAGUGUUUGUGAUUAGGGCUGUUACCCAAGAAGACAUCAAGAAAGGGGAUGUGCAGGCUGCUCGGUGGAGGUUUGAGACAGAGCCUCUUGACUCCUUCUCCAGGGGAGAGAGGUCUGUGCCCAGAACAGUAGAUGAUGUGCUGAAGGGAGACGUUCAGUCCAAUAAGGAACUUUUUGAGUCCCAAAAGGUGGGCCAAAAGAAGUAUGUGAGGAUGGUCAGCGUCAGUGAUGUCCAACGGGGUGAUGUGAGGACGUCCACCUGGCUUUUCGAAAACCAGCCUGUGGACUCCCUUCAUGGGGAUGCGGACAGAAGUUCCUCUAUCAGCACGGUGCAGAGAGAGGAUAGCCAGAAAGGGGAUGUGAAACGCUGUACCUGGUUGUUUGAAACCCAGCCUAUGGACACCCUCAAGGACACGGAGGUGACAGCCAGUGCUGAGCCCCAAGAAGCUAUCCCUCAUGCAGAUGUGAAAAGCACAACAUGGCUCUUUGAGAGUACACCUUUGGAUAAGUUGAGUUCUUCUGAAGGCUGUGCAGAAACAGAAGUGAAAGAAAGGACUAUGAAGGAAACUUUGGAGAUGCUCUGUGCUUGCCAGGCUAUUCAGCACAGUGGGAUUCUUAUUGAAGCCAAUGAUAUGGAGAGUGUGAAGAUGGUGAAGUACCAGCUCAGCAGCCCGGCUGAUCCAGAAGUACUGAAAGAAGAGAUUGUGGGAGGCCAUUUGCAAAGGAUCAUGCUACAGCUUCUGCACAGAACCAACGUGGAAGCACAGGGAGUGCUAGUGGAGGAGGACAGAGAGGGUAAGAUCAAAGUGAGCCCGUUGCAGCUACUGGACCUGAGUGAAGCUGUUAAAAGCAAAGAGGACUUAAGUGGAAAUGUGGCUAAGGCUCUCCAGGGCCUACUCAGUCAAGAGGCCUCCAUCAAAAAGGGGAUGGUCUUACAAGAGACAAAGACAGGAUCAGUGAAGAUGACUCUCUACUCCCUCCUGUUCCACUGUGUCCAGCAAAAAGUUGUCAAGGGGGAUGUGAAGACCACAAUAGGGAACCUGCUGGCUUCUUCUCAGGAGCAGAGAGCAACAGCAACUAUCAAGCGGGAGGACAAUGAGAAGGGGAACGUGCAGCUUUUCACUAGUUGCAUCGAGAAGGGAGAUCUAGAGUAUCUGAAGAACCUCCAGGAGGAGUCAGAGAUACAGUCCCUAAUCUCUUCUCAAGCAGAGCAGGGAUCAGCUGAGAGUGCCCCAUGUGAUGUGCAGAGGUCUGUGAUACAUAUCUUACACAGGGAUGAAAAAACAGAGAAGGUGGCUGCAGAGGGUGAGCCAGGAGCCACGGAGGGAGCAAAAAAAGUGUUUGCAUGUGAAAGCACAGGCAAAGAGGGUGCAUUAGACAGAGAGACUGUGCAUGCAGCAAGUAUGAAGGGUACCACUGUGCAAUGUCUUGGGAAGCCACUGAGCUCAUCCGCAGUGAUGGGAAAGGAAGAAAUUCUCUCAGGGGGGCUUAAAGUGACUACAAAGUCAAUUCAAAGGGUUACAAAUGGCAGCAAGAAGAAACAAAUGGCAGAGAAAGAAGAGACUGUCUCUGCCAGCAUGAUGGAACCCCAAAUUAUGACACAAGGCACAACCCAGACCAAAGUGACUAUUCUGAGGGACAAAGUGGCUGGAAAACCCCAGAGCUCAGUGACUGGAGAAGCCAGUCAGAUGUCAGCACAGCCAGAAGAAAAGGAGCUUGGGAGUGAUCUGCAGGCUGCAAUGCAAAGCCUGAGGCUAGCAACAGCAGAGGCAAAAAGCAUUCAGCACCAUGUCCAGAGCAAGCUACAGAGGAGCAGGGAGGAAAUCCACGUGGCCUGCAGGCAUCAGGCAGCCAGCACACAGGGGACAACAAGCUUCCAAUCAAACAUACAAGACUCUACAACCAAGAAGGAGAGCACCAGCACUGCCACGAGGACCACCACCACUAAAAUCCAGGAGACAUCCAAGACCCACAAAGGCGUGUCUCAGAAGACCAUAGCUUCACCCCAAAAGGUCAGUGCUUCUGAGGAAGUACAGGGAGGACAGCUGUUGAGCCAGGAAAGCCAAGUUGUGCCUAGUGCAGAUGUUAGCAUUAAGGAUGGCCUUUAUACUGCCAAGCCCGUGAAAACCUAUGUAAACCCUUUUCUUGAGACUGAUUACAAAGAGCAAUCAGUGCAAGAAGAAAGAGAGCGAGAUGUUAUUAUCAGAGGGGAUGUACAGACAGCUAUUAGAGCACUGCAAAGUGCCACCACAGAACAGCGCCUGGUAGAAAAGGAGGAUAUUGUUCGAGGUAAUUUAAAGGCCACGCUUCAGUCGCUGGAAAAGUCUAACGUUAAUGUCUCCAGAGGGGAUUUUAAAGCUGCUAUGAUAUACAGAAAUGCAGGGCAGUCAUAUUCUGUAUGUAAAAGGAAAAAUGAGGCUCAAGUCAUUAGUAAUCAGACAGCUGUAAUGACUUCAGGGUCACAGGCUGAUAAUGACUUUCCUCCUCCUCCCCUAGUUGCUGUGAUGAAAGCAGAGCAUUGCCCACCCUCAACUAAAGCAACAAUAGAAGGUGCCCUUCCACAAUCCACCAGCCAAGAUGAAGCCCCAGGAACACUACAGCCCCCUCUUCCUGCCCUCCCUUCUCUGUCCUCCAAACCUAGUGAUCAGAGUCCUGCAGAGAAGCCCAGAAUUCCUCCAAAACCAGAAAUUACUGUCCCACCAAGGAAAAAACCUGUUCCCCCUCCAAAACCUCAGCAUCUUUCAUGGGAGGCACAUUCCGCUCCUGCAAGCAACAGCAAAGACAAAUCAAGCAAACUGAUCCCUCCAGCCCUGCCUUCAGUACCUCCAUGCCUGGGGGAGGUCAGCAAGCCAAAGUCUCCACCAUCAGAGCUGGGAUUGUGCUACAUGGAACUACAAGAACAAUCAGGCCACAGAGAGGUACAGGCAAAAUGCUGCUCUUCAGAGUCAUCAGUGCACAAAUCUGUCACUGUUCAGGAUGUGAGCCCUGAGAGAAAGCCACCAAAAGACAUUAUCAAAAUCCCUCUUCAAAUUGCAGAGGAAAGGUACAAGACAAGCAAAGGAGGACAAAGCAAGGUAGAAUCAGACAUUGCUAAGACCUCAAGGCCAUUUAAAACUGGAGUUGUUGGUUCUGAAGAUGAGCAAGGAAUGAAGAGAGAGAAAGCAGCAGCUCCAAGGAGCUGCCCAGAUGAGAUAGUUCAGAGGCAUACACAGCCAUGCAACCAAGACAGGUGCACUUCAGUAUCACAGUUAGCCUUUGUCAGUGAAGCAAGGACACCUAAUUCACGAGGGCAGACUGAGCUAAGCACCUCUUCUACAGACCACACUAUGCCUCCCAAAAGGAGAGAUGACAUUGCACAAAAUGCCUCACCCAAGGAGGAAAGGGAAAGUGUGUCUAAUACUUAUGGAUCUUGGGAUGGGCAGAGAAUCAUGCAGCAGGUGAAAGAGAAGGGACAAGACGAUCAUUCAGUGUCUUUCCAUCAGCAGCCAAUGAACUCCCUCCAGGAGCCACAGCAGGAGAAUAGCAGGCAACUGAAAUGUCCUGAUGUAGAGGCAGAGAUGCCUGCCCAGGAGAAGCCAGCAGUGAUCAUGAGAGAAAAAUCCAAACGAGAAACAGAAGAUGAACGUCGAAAGAGGCUGUCUGUGCAUAAAGAGGAGAUCAUGAAAGGCAAUGUCAAAGAGGCUAUGGAGAUCUUUGAGAACCUGAGGAGGCAGGAGGAGCUGCAAGAGAUCUUGACUCGGGUCAAGGAGUUUGAGGAAGAGACGAGUAAAGUGGAUGUGAAAGCCCUGAGGAGCUUCUUCGAAAAGGUCCCUGACUGGCUGGUUCACCAGAAGGCCCACCAAGCCAAGCAACAGCCAAGGGCUGAGACACCAGCGAAGGAGGACACUGACAGCAUCUCCUCAGUGGAGCUGGUUUUCGGGGACCUGGAGCGAGCAAGUGCUGAGAUUGUCCAUCUGAAGGAACAGACACUGUCCCGUCUCCUGGACAUUGAGGAGGCCAUUAGGAAAGCUCUCUAUUCUGUCUCUAGCCUCAAAUCUGAGUCAGACAUAGCUGGGCUCUCUGGGCUGUUCAAGGAGUCUCUAGGGAACAGUCAGAGCCCUGUGAGCAGCAGCAAUAUCCGCAAAAUCAGCAUUGUCUCAAGCAAAGCCAAGCAGGAGGGCACUGCCCUGGAGACAGGGGAGGCAGUGCCUGUCGGAUGUGCAAAGGCGGCAGAUAAGACUGAAGUACCCAAAGCAGAGCUAGAGGUCCCCCACCUUGUUCACCCUCGUGUCAGUUCUCCCUCCUCACCUUCCUACAUCUCCAUUGAAUCUGCUGCCAGGAAACCUGCAGAAUCACCCAGGACUGCCCAUUCCCCAUGGGAAAUCCCUUCACCAGACUGUCUCAGUGCUCCGGGAAAGAAGGAUGCCUUUGCUCAGGACAACUUUAGCUCCUUUAGCCACCCACCGGCAGGGUCUGCUGGGCCUGACCUGGCUGCCUUCAAGAACAGACCAGAGCCCGAGCCCAUCCAAAUGAAAGCAGGGCUGAGCUCAAUGAAGCAGUCUCCCCUCGGCAAAGCCGAUCACCAGAUUAAUGAGAAAGAGAGGUGCCCUCUGGACACCUCUAAAGGCAGCUGCCACUGUGCAAUCAAAGGAGGCUUUUCAGACUAUUGCUCUCUGAAUGUCUCCAGUCCACAGAACCCACGAAGGCAGAAAAGUAUCUUGGAGCUGCAGACGGGGCCUGAUGGGUCCAAGCUCUAUGGAGCCACUCGGACAGUCACAGAGCAGUAUGAGGAAAUGGAUCAGUUUGGAAACAAAAUCAUCACUUCAUCAACUACAGUCACCAAGCAAUCCGAGACCCAAACAUCCUCCACAUGUGAUGUGGCAUCUCACCCUAGAUAUGAGGUAUCAUCUGCCUCAUCCCUCUUUCGGAGGUACUUGAAGAGCCCAAGUGAAGAAUUCCACACUAACGGCAGUUUUCAGGAGCCGGGCGUAGUUUUUGUUACCUUUGGCAACUCCAGGCCAAAGAAAUAGGAUAUCCUGAAGAGCAAGGAGCAACAAUGUAAAGCGAAAAUCUGCAACAAUAAAUCUCCUGGUUUAUUCAAAUUAUGCAAAGGGAAUUGUCUACAUCCUAAGGAGUUCUCAAAGUCAUCAUCUCAGUGUUUUCAUAUGGACAGGACAGAAGCAGUCUGCCUUGACACUGAAGGUGAACAGCAGCCCUCACCUGGCCAAUCCAACAGACUUGGUGCUCCAGCACAACCCAGAGCCCUGAAACUGUUGGAAGCACAGGGGAAAAUCCAUCCAUGGGCAACUUCCUCCUCCUAAAGUGUUUGUGGGGGGCGGGGGUUGUACCAGGCUUCUCUGAACCAAAGCAGAAGAAAGGAUAGAUAGAACCUGGUCACUGGGAAAUAAGCACCUUUAUGCUGUCUUUUUUCUGACUUUAGUACAAACUUCCUAAGAAGGGUAUCCUAAACACACAUAUAUGUAUAUACAUAUUUUCACAUUGAUGGGUGGGUUAGAGAGGUUUUCUCUUAGCCAUUAACAAAAAAGAAAGAAAGAAAGAAAAACGGGGAAAAAAAAGUAAUGUCUCAAAUUGCUAUCAUUAUGGGCAGAGGAGGUAUUUAGUAGAGUUCAGUUAUUGGAACGUACUUAAUGCUACAGAAAAUUAUCUAAGUCAAAAUUUCCAGCUAUUAUCAUUGCCAUUCCCCUGAAGAAAGAUGCAAUGAAAAAUGCUGUAGGUGAGACAGAAUGGUUAUUGCUUUCCUUUCUUUAUUUUAGAAUUGUAAUUUAUUAUUCAGUAUAUACAAAACCUUAUUUUAGACUUUCCAUGCUUUCGUACAUUUACUGUUUAAAUUCAUUUUGAAACUUUGUAAAGCAAUUUUCUUUUUAUUAUGACUUUGUUUUGUACAUUCUCAACUCAAGAUUUUAGAUAUCUUGUGGCUUUUUUUUAACUUUUAUUGCUGCAUUCUGAAGGUAAACGUUACCUUUAAAAAUAUUUUGGUCUGGCUGACUUUCUUUCAUUGAGUGCUUGUUUCCUUUCAGAGUAGCAGAAAUCGUCUCUCAGUACACUAGUUGAAUUGCACAUUGAGGAUGCUCAAAAUCACUUGAGUGAUUUAAUCAGCACCUUAUUUACAAAGUGGGUGUGUAGGUGAAUAGAGACUGGGUAGUAAGCAGACCCCAAAAGAGUCCUAACACUACUAGCCUGUACCGCUUUCCUCUGAACAAGAAGGUAGCAGAAGUGUUGUACCUCUGUGAGCCUCAAAAGGAGAGGCAGGUGCUGAACCACCCUUUGCUCAGUGCUGUAAAUCACAGGCUGGUCAUUUCUGGGGAGUGAGGAGAGUUACCAAGGAGUUUGCUCCAGGUAUGCAAGAAAGUGAGAGCCUACAGAGCAACGUAGUGGACUCUCGGGGAGCUGUGUCCUACCACCAGGCUCAGAGUUAGGCUGCGAGCCUAAGUAUGACCUGCAGCAAUCCACCUCAUCUCCUUGUGCAUCAAUUUGUCCUCGAAAGGGGUAUAUGGACCUCAUUCAAAAAAAAAAAAAAAAUCAGUGAGAUAGUAUGGUUAAUGUUUACUUCUUCCCUCUGAGAAAAAAGAUAUCAUCACUUACACCAAUUAAUGAACAGCCAUUGGGAUGGAACGGACCGUUUCAGAUUUUACCACUUCAUAUCCCUGAGUCCACUUAGCUAUCAUCUAUCACCUUUCAGCACCUUCUGUUGAAGGUGUUAUAGACAAGUCAGGUAGAUUAAAUCUAAAGUAUUUGUCGUUAGCUCCUGGUAGAAAUACCAGCUCAUAAUAUGGACGUCUCCAGCCUCCAUAAACUCUUUCACUAAGAUCAAAAUUCAUGGAAAAUGUGUUAAGAACAAACACGGCCUGUUUGGUGAUGCCCUGACAGUGGGGACUGGAAGGGAUUCAUUCUUAGUGUCUGGGUCUAAGAGUGAUAAAUCCUGAAUGCAGAUGCCUGAUAAUAUGUUUUACCCUAACAUACUCUUGGUAGAGUUUUGUCUAAGCCUUAUUGACCCAUAGAAGUGCUCUGGAGAAGGACAUAGAAAAAAAGUAUGAGCUGCUGAAGUUCUGCUUCCCCUCAGAAAAGCUUGCUCAUAUCCAGGGUUGCUUGAGAGUGAGACAGGCUGAAAGGAAAGGAACACAGUUUUCCAUUCUGCCUGAAAGUUUAGCAGUGGUUGAGGUAAAACCAGGCAUAUCUGGUUUCAGGGAAUCAGAACAAAUAACUGCUUAGACCUUUCUAUCUAUUUUAGUAGGAUAGAUUGCAGGAAUAGGGGAGAAUUAUUAACUCUGAGUCAGUCUUGAAAAUUUUUCCAGCACCACUUUUCUUAUCCUCGCUUUUUUCUAGCCUUCAGUUGUUUCAGGAUGUCCCAACAUCUGUUUUUUCAACUCUUUUUAAGGACAGCUGCAGAGCAGUUUUAGCAAGCUGCAAACAGAUUGCUUGGGCAAUGCAAAAUGAUUCCAUGCAAACGCAAAUAAACUCUAAUAUCCUGCAUUGACAGUGCUUGAAAA